AUUUUUUUUUCCUUUUCUUUUUUUAAUGUGGCCAGGGAGCUCGGCUCUCCCCGUGCCACACUGGGAUCCGCCUGGCAGCCACCGGGAGCCGCAGCCAAUGUGUUAGGACUUCAGGUGCUUCUUGGCACAAAGCUAGACUGCGACCUCCUACCAUAGCGCUUGGCGUCACCUGCUCUCCCGGCCCUGCCCCGGGGCCGAGGGACUGCGUCCCGAAGCCGGCUUGGGAAUCGGCUGCCUCUCAAAUCAACCUCUAGUCUUGCUUUGAAAAAGCCACUUGUGUAACUCUUAAAAGACUGAAUAAUUUCCUAAUGCACCUGUCGGGAGGAUCACUGACACAGUAUGCCAUUUGAGAGGUUCUUUUUCUUGACCACUUUCUGGUGAUUAGAGAAGAGAGGUGUUUUGUCUUUCUGUUUUUUUUUUCCCCCAUCAUUAUGAACACUGGCUUUCAACCCUGAAGUGAAGAUGUUGAAAACGGAGCCUUCAGGUGAACGAACCACUCUCAGAAGUGCCUCUCCUCACAGGAAUGCAUAUAGAACAGAAUUCCAGGCACUGAAAAGUACCUUUGACAAACCCAAGUCAGAUGGGGAACAAAAAGCAAAAGAAGGUGAGGGCUCCCAGCAGAGCCGGGGGAGGAAAUAUGGCUCUAAUGUCAACAGAAUUAAAAAUCUAUUUAUGCAGAUGGGUAUGGAACCCAAUGAGAACGCUGCAGUCAUUGCCAAAACAAGGGGGAAAGGUCGACCUCCAUCCCCUCAGAGAAGAAUGAAGCCCAAAGAAUUUGUGGAGAAAACAGAUGGCUCGGUUGUUAAAUUGGAGUCCUCUGUUUCAGAACGAAUUAGUAGAUUUGACACAAUGUACGAUGGUCCUUCCUAUUCAAAGUUCACAGAAACUAGGAAGAUGUUUGAGAGGAGUGUGCAUGAGUCAGGACAGAACCGCUAUUCCCCAAAGAAAGAGAAAGCCGGGGGCAGCGAACCUCAGGAUGAGUGGGGUGGUCCCAAGUCCAACCGAGGCAGUACUGAUUCCUUGGACAGCCUUAGUUCCCGGACGGAGGCUGUCUCCCCGACUGUGAGUCAACUGAGUGCAGUAUUUGAAAACACCGAUACCCCCGGUGCCAUUGUUUCGGAGAAGGCAGAGAACAAGGAAUACUCAGUGACUGGGCAUUAUCCCCUGAAUUUACCAUCUGUUACUGUUACAAAUCUUGAUACCUUUGGUCACCUUAAGGAUUCUAAUGCUUGGUCUCCUCCAAUCAAGCAUAAUGACGAUAUAGAGGAUGCUCAGAAGAGUGAUACAACUCCAGUAUCAGAAGUAGCUUCGAAAAGUAUCUCUAUGCCUAGUGAAGAAACACAGCUAAGCAAGGAAGCCGAGGGCUUCACAUGUAACCAGGAGAUUCCUGACAGAAUUGACAAAGAUAUCCCUGAAGACUGUUGUGCUGAAAAUAAGACAAUGCCAGAGUCUGAAAUUCCUUCACCACAAAAUGAACCUUUAGAAGAUGCCGAAGCUAAUUUGGUUGGGAGGGAGGCAGCAAUGCAACCGAAGGAAGAUCUUGCAGGUGGUGAUUUUAUCUCUGCUGAUGCUUCUGGAGCCAGUUGUGGAAAGGAAGUACCUGAAGAUUCAAAUAAUUUUGAGAGUUCCCAUGUUUACAUGCAGAGUGACUAUAAUGUGUAUAGGGUUAGAUCCAGGUAUAAUUCAGACUGGGGUGAGACAGGCACUGAACAAGAUGAGCAGGAAGAUAGUGAUGAAAACAAUUACUACCAACCUGAUAUGGAAUACUCAGAAAUUGUUGGCUUGCCAGAAGAAGAAGACAUCCCAGCAAAUAGGAAAAUUAAGUUUAGUAGUGCUCCAAUUAGGGUUUUCAACACAUACUCCAAUGAAGACUAUGACAGGAGAAAUGACGAAGUUGAUCCCGUGGCUGCUUCAGCUGAGUAUGAACUUGAAAAGCGUGUAGAAAAGUUGGAGCUCUUCCCAGUGGAUCUAGAGAAGGAUGAGGAUGGACUUGGUAUAAGUAUUAUUGGAAUGGGUGUUGGAGCAGAUGCUGGACUAGAAAAGCUGGGAAUAUUUGUCAAGACAGUUACAGAAGGUGGUGCUGCCCAGCGGGACGGCAGAAUACAAGUCAAUGAUCAGAUUGUGGAAGUGGAUGGAACCAGCUUGGUGGGUGUCACACAGAAUUUUGCUGCAACAGUUCUCCGAAACACCAAGGGCAAUGUCAGAUUUGUCAUUGGGCGGGAAAAACCUGGACAAGUGAGUGAAGUUGCCCAGUUGAUAAGUCAGACACUGGAACAAGAGAGGCGCCAGAGAGAGUUGCUAGAGCAACACUACGCCCAGUAUGACGCUGAUGAUGACGAGAACACUGUGGCUGAAUUGCAAGGAGUAUCUGGCAACUGCAAUAAUAAUAACAACUAUUCCCUUAAGACAGGAGAAUAUGCCACAGAUGAAGAGGAGGAUGAGGUAGGACCUGUUCUUCCUGGCAGUGACAUUGCCAUUGAAGUCUUCGAGCUGCCUGAGAACGAGGACAUGUUUUCCCCCUCAGAUCUGGAUACAAGUAAACUCAGUCACAAAUUCAAAGAGUUGCAAAUCAAACACGCAGUUACAGAAGCAGAGAUUCAAAAAUUGAAGACCAAGCUGCAAGCAGCAGAAAAUGAGAAGGUGAGGUGGGAACUAGAAAAAAACCAACUCCAACAGAAUAUAGAAGAGAACAAAGAAAGAAUGUUGAAGUUGGAGAGCUACUGGAUUGAGGCGCAAACGUUAUGCCACACAGUGAAUGAACACCUCAAAGAGACUCAAAGUCAGUAUCAGGCCUUGGAGAAGAAGUACAACAAGGCAAAGAAACUGAUCAAGGAUUUUCAACAAAAAGAACUUGAUUUCAUCAAAAGACAGGAAGCAGAAAGAAAGAAAAUAGAAGAUUUGGAAAAAGCUCAUCUUGUAGAAGUUCAAGGCCUACAAGUGCGGAUUAGAGAUUUGGAAACUGAGGUGUUCAAGCUACUGAAGCAGAAUGGAACUCAAGUUAACAAUAACAACAACAUCUUUGAGAGAAGAACAUCUCUUGGUGAAGUCUCUAAAGGAGAUACCAUGGAGAACAUGGAUGUCAAGCAAACAUCUUGUCAGGAUGGCCUCAGUCAAGACUUGAAUGAAGCAGUCCCAGAGACAGAGCGCCUAGAUUCAAAAGCACUGAAAACCCGAGCCCAGCUCUCCGUAAAAAACAGACGUCAGAAGCCCUCUAGGACAAGACUCUACGAUAGUGUCAGCUCAACAGAUGGAGAGGACAGUCUAGAGCGAAAGCCUUCAGACAGUUAUUAUAACCACUUGCAUGUUACCAAAUCACUUCUGCCCAAGGGUUUGAGAACUUCUCCAGAAUCAGAUUCUGGUGCUCCAUCCCUCACCCCAGUGGCUAGCAGUGUGCCCUUCUCACCUGACCACGACGCUGAAUUUCAAGGAGAACCACUGCGCCCAGAAAGGGAGCCUUCCUCCUCCACGUUGGGAGAUACCUCACUCUCUUCUUCAAAAUCUGAUCAAGAAAUGGAAGAAUCUCCUUUCCACCAUCAAGCUACCACCAAGAAAACGUUGCAAGAAAAAGAUGGUGCCAAAGGUCCCAAAUCACUAAGGGCAUCCAGUUCAUUGGCGGUGCAAGGAGGGAAAAUUAAGCGGAAGUUUGUGGAUCUGGGGGCACCUUUGCGAAGGAAUUCCAACAAAGUAAAGAAAUGGAAAGAAAAAGAAGUCAGUAGAUUUUCUUCAGGUAACAGGGUCUUCAGAGGCAGGCUGGACCACUGGAAACUGAAGCCAUCUUCUCCAACUCAGGCCUCCACUCGCUCGCCUUGCAUGCCUUUCUCGUGGUUUAAUGAAAGUCGAAAAGGAUCCUAUUCUUUCAGGAACCUGCCUUCACCUCCAAGUCCCCUGCAGCCUUCUUCUGAGACUCUAAUUUCAGAUAAAAAGGGGUCCAAGAAUUUUACCUUCAAUGAUGACUUCAGUCCCAGCAGUACCAGCUCAGCAGAUCUGAGUGGCCUAGGAGCGGAACCCAAAACUCCAGGGCUCUCUCAGUCUUUAGCGCUGUCAUCAGAUGAGAGUUUGGAUAUGAUAGAUGAUGAGAUCCUUGAUGACGGACAGUCUCCCAAACACAGUCAGUGUCAGAAUCGGGCCGUUCAGGAGUGGAGCGUGCAGCAGGUCUCCAAUUGGCUAAUGAGCCUAAACCUGGAGCAGUAUGUAUCUGAAUUCAGUGCUCAAAACAUCACUGGAGAGCAGCUCCUGCAGUUGGAUGGAAAUAAACUUAAGGCUCUUGGAAUGACAUCUUCCCAAGACCGAGCAGUGGUCAAAAAGAAACUCAAGGAAAUGAAGGUGUCUCUGGAGAAGGCUAGGAAGGCUCAAGAGAAAAUGGAAAAACAAAGAGAAAAGCUGAGGAGGAAGGAACAAGAGCAAAUGCAAAGAAAGUCCCGAAAGACAGAGAAGAUGGCGACUGCGGCGGAGGGUGCUGGUGAGCAGUAGCGCAAGCCGCUGACAGGGUGGGGAUGCGCUGUCUCUACCUCCUCCUGCCCUGCUCUCCUCCGAAGCAUGAAGAAGAAACUGCUGACAGGGAGAAUGCUGCUCUAGGCAGAUUGGGGACCUGUGUGUUGAAUAACUGCAUUUUCUGCAAUAAUAGAAUACCCUCUUAAUGUUCAUCUACUAAAGUAACCCCAGACCACCUUUGGUUGAUCAAACCAAGGCUAUCAUUUAUGAGAAAUACAAAGUAGUUGUGUUUCUCUCUUCUCUUACCAACAUCUUGUGUUGGGUUGGGUUUUGUCACUUGGAGAACCAGUGUGACCUUGCCCAACAGGAGUAGCACCCCCGUAGCUUUGUUAGGGGAGCACCAUUAAGUUUGUGGUGUGGGAUACUGAACAGGGUGAGUGCACGUUUCUGCCUGGCCACAGGCACCACUCCACCAUAAGAUCUGAGCUACGGAAUCCGCUCCAGUGUGUGGGAAAGGUUCCUCCUCAUCUCCAUGUCUGGACUUGCCCACAUGAAAGUGCAGGUGUUCUACCACAUAAGGACCUGCUCUGGAGAAGCAAAGUGUCCUGCUUGCUAGUCAUCAGUAAGAAAGGGGCGAAGAUAGUUAUUUGUUAACCCCAGAGGAAGCAAAAGCCUUAAGAGUUUGCAUGUGGGUAGUAGUUCUAAGGGUAACAUUUACAGUCCAGAUUCAGCCAAACAAAGAAAGAAAAAAAUCACGCAUCCAAUAGCCACGGGAUAUUGGGAUCUAUUGUUUCCUUUGUCACCACUGUGUGUUCAGUAUUUCAGCAACAAUGACACACACAACACAGCUCCUUUCCCUACUCUCCUACCCCCCCCCCCAACAAAUUGAACAGGAAAUUGAUUUUUAAGGAAACCAGCAUUUUCAGGUUUUUUUCCUCCUGGGGAACAUUCUGGCUGGUCUUCAGCCUGGUUAUAACACAAUCAAGAACUUGUCCCAUAUUUUCUACUCAAGAUUUCCCAAGUGGGCUCCGUUAGUGUUUUAACAAAUGUACUUUUAAGAAAAAUAGAAAUGCCAGUUAAAGAAAAUUUAGAUUUGAACAAUUUUAUUGAGCACACAGAAUGUUCCUGUAAAGGAGAGCUGUCAGUUACAUUUUGGAGAUGUUUUGAGUGGUUUUUGUGAGUCAUUCUCUUCCAUUCUUUGAAGAUUUCCACUUUACAGUUCAAUUUUGUUUAAGAUAGGACGAAGAACACAGCCUAGCAGUGGAGGCAGUUAAUAUGUAUUUAAAGGCAGUAUUUAGGAUUUCAGUAUUUUCAUCAAACUAAUUCAAGUGCAAGAGAUUAGGGCAGAAGGAGGAGAAAAUGAACUCAUCUAGAGAAAUUUCAAAUGAUGGGGGUAUUUUGCUGUUACUGUCUUGCUUUUCAUGCUCAUUAUCUGGUUCUCUUUACUGUACUGGCUCAAAAAUGAGGUCAUCCAUUUUCCACAGGACGAGUUUCAACGUGUGAGUUAAAGCCAGUUGAAUUCUUGGACAAGUGUUUCUUCUUUUCCUUUAUUAAAGUAGGGUCUCUGUUCCCAGCCCUGUUCAAACCUUCCACUGGGAGCUUACAUACAGAGUUAUGGCAGGGAGGCCUCUAAAGAUCGUGCUCUAAGAGGGCUCCUGCUUGUACAGCUACAGCUUACAUUUUUGGCAUUAUUUUAUUUUCUGGCUUAUUUGAAUAUAUGAAAUCUGGAAUUAUCUCAGCCAGAAAUGUCUACUCCUCUUCUUGCCCUCAUGCCUCUUUCCCUUUCAGUGCCAGCAUAUUGUCAGUUAAGCUUCAAUCCUUUGGUCACUUGUUAUAAAUCAUUUAUCAACUCUCAGAAACAUUGAUAUAAAGUAACAUUGUGUUUUACAAGUAUCAAAGUCACUAGUAUAUUUUUCUGUCUGUCUUCAUUUGGGGUAUAAUACUGAAACUGCCAUACUAGAUACUCUUUAAUAUUUUGAGAUGUGUGGUGCUUUGCUAUUUAUGAAUAUCAUGAGAAACAAGGAACCACUACUAAUGAACUACACAAUUCAGCCAAUCUUUUCUAAUGUUAAAAGGCUAACUUAGUCAAAAUCUGAUAAUACUAAUGCUUUCCAUUGUAAAUUUUUGUCAUUUUGCUUAUCUUUGAGGGGAAACUGAUCGGGAUCACACUGGAAUUUUCACUGUAUUCAUUUUAAGAAUGGAAACAGAAACAGAAUGAUGAUUACCUUAAGUUAUGUUUACACUUUGGUAAUGUUUGAAAUGGAUGUAUAUACUGGAAAUGUCUAUAAGUCUCCAUCUCUGCACAUAAUUUAUGAUCUAUUGUAUUGCAUUUUCUUAAGUGUCUUAGAGGUAUUUUCUUUUAAUCUUUACUUAUGCGCUUCCAAUAUUUAGAUCAAUGACCAACUGACAGUACUAUAAAUCAAACUCUUACUCCUCAAAUUAUUUAGUGUUUUAACUACUUUGAUUCAGUUAUAGUAAUUUUAGAUCUAAAUGAGUUAUUUUAACAUUUACUAUUUAAAACUGCUGAAAUUGUAAGAGACACUUGAUUUGAUUGUCCAACAGAGGAUAAAAUGCAAACUGAUUGAUAUAAAAGUGUGAAAACAAAGUGAAGGACCUCAGAUCUUAUGAACAUUUUGUUUUCCUAUUUCAUUUAUUGACUGACUCUAGUGCAUGAUGACCAAUUGAGGUUCCAGUUCCUACUUUAAUGCUUGUGAUUUUCAGUGUCCAUACAACUUAACACAGGAUUGUUGCUUCAUGAAUCGUAAAACUUUGGUUUUUUUAUUCAUCAGAAAAUGAACACAAAGGGAAUAUCUGAUUACUGUGAACUCUUAUCCCUAAAAGACAGCUCAGUAUGACUUUAAUGAUAGCCAAAAAUGUUUUGGAGUAUAGGUAAUGCUUUGGGGGGGUGGGGGUGGGUAGGGGACAUGUGUGAGGUCAAGCUGUAGACAGAGAACACUGCAUGAACAGUCUGGGGAAGGGUUUCCAUGAAGGGGUCUGAGUUUUAUAACAUACUUAAGAUCAUCCCCUUAAAGUAACUCAGUUUAUGUAAUAGUUUUUUUCUUUUUAAAAAGAUGUUUUUGUGCUGAAUCAAAAGUUUACUUCUGAGUGAUAGGUAGGACAGAAUCCUAAUUUUGCCCAUCCUGACACACUGAUGGAGUCCACUUUUAGUUUUAUGGCAGUAAAGCUAUUCUGUGCUCUCCUUCUUUAGCCGAGGUGGGUAUUGACUUCCUGCCCUCAGCAUCUCUUCAGUGUUUUCAACCCACAGCCCUUCCUAAUUGUAGUAUGAUAAGUGUGAAUGCCAAAUUCAGCUUUUAAGGGGCAUGACAUGGGAACAUCUGCCUUGUGUUUGUGUUGAAAACAAAUGGAAAAAGGACAUUGAGGAAUCCCAUGAACCCUUGCAGCUGCCUUGAUCUCAUUAUCCAUCUCUGACCUGAAAUCUUAGUGUAUCCAGGACUAUAGAAAUAGGCACAGAUCUUUUGAUCUAGUCUUCACUAAUCUCUGUGGUUCUUGCUUGAAAACAAAGAAUCCUCAUGUAGGUUCCUUGUGCACUAAGAUUAAUAUAUGCUUUAAAACUGUAUUUAAGAAGGUAAAUGAAAAUUUGUAUUUAUAUGGCUAUUCUAACCCAUUUAAAAGUGAUAAAGGUUAUAUAGAUAAAGCUUCAAGAGAGAAGAUCCAGUAUGGAAUAACAGUGUUAAAGAUGAUUCUGUAUGGAAUCUCAGCAAUCCUUGUAUCUCAACAAUUCUAAAAGAAAUGUCUAUAUUUUGGAUAUGGCUUAGCCCCCUUAUUACAUUGAGACAUUUAAUAAUUGCCAAGUUCCCUUUGAGAAACUAGUUAUUGCCCUAAUACAACUGCAGAUGACGGACAUUUCACGUGGGUGGACAGAAGUCACUAGGGUUCAUGUCACCUACUAAAUGCUAAGUUCUUAAUACUUUCCAAAUGAAAGGUAAAAUGGAAAAUAAAAGCUCUUUUCUUUUAAAAAUACAUUUUCAAAUUACAUUUAUCCAAGAAACUACCUGUACUUUAUUUUAAAAUGAAACAUUUAAGGAGGAAGUUCAGAAUUUUCCUUACGCUUUGGUGGAUGUGGGGAAUAAAUUCUCAAAGGAAAACAGUGUUGUGAAAAUACGAAGGAUUUUAGUGAUGCAUUUCUAAAAAACAACCUGAGUAUGCAGGUAGAUCAUGUUGGUAUUUAUCUUCAAUACUUAAAGUCUCAGGAAAUUUAGUUUUAUUCCAAAGCACUGGGAGAAAAUACUGCAAGACAAAACUCAUUUGGAUAACUUGAGGUAUCAGCAUAGAAUACAUUUAACCGAGAAGUUAGGGGGCAGAAAAAGCACCUACAUCAUCAUCCCCCUGAAAAGUGAGUGCAUUGAGUUCUAUUUAUGGUAGGUAGGGGAUCCUGUUGUGCCUCUGCAUGGGCUUCCAGGUGGAGGUGUUGAGGGAGUGUUUGUUACUUGAGAGCUCAUGAUGUGAAUGUGUGGAUCAAGCUCAGCAUGUGACUUGUUUCUAGAUCUACAGAGUGGGUAAGAAAAAUCAGGAUGAUUUCCAACCCUUGGCCUUACCUUAAACCAACCCCAUAACUGCUAGGGAUUCAAAAGCGAAUGAGGUAAGGAAGACAAGAACAAGAGGCAACGCCUUCAUAAUGUGCAUGCCACUCGUGUAGAUGUACAGGACUAUAUAGUGUGAAUAUAUCUUCCACCUACAUACACACACAUGUACCACAGUCACAUGGCAUAAAAACACAUACUGUUUCUGGAUCAGUAAUAUCAGCUAGGACCCUGAGCAGUAAUCAUAGCCUUAUGCCACUUUUUGGGUUGUGUAUACAUUGAAUGGCUCAUAAGAUUUUAAGAGAUUUUUUUUUAAUGUAAGUAUUUCUACUAAAAUGCACUUAUCCUUCUACAUGUUUAUAUAUUUUGGUAAAAUUGAUUUAUUAGAUACUUGGUAUUUUAGUAUGAUACUAUUUCCUCAAAUGCUGGGUUAAUGCUUUGAUGUCAAGAUCACACAUUACUGAGUUGAAGCUCAGAAAUUGAUGUAGCUUUGGAUAUUUUCAACUGUGGACUGCAUUUUCCUUGGCUAAAAAUUGCACUGUGCUUUCUGCGUUUGCUCAUACUCUAAAAUGACAUCUUUGGUGGCUGUGAUGCUUAAGUCAUUAACGACUGGCUUUCUAAUGGCAGUGUUUCCAUCACAUGGUCAUCUUUCUUUUUCUUGCUGAAUGACAGCAUGGUUAAGUCAUUGCCCUGUCUAACAAAAGUGGAUGUGAGCAUGAAAAUGGUGUUGGAAGGUGUACACUUCUAUUUCUUUCAGCUAUUUUUUUCACACAGCCAGGCUUUCUGUUGCAGAUUCAGUCUUUCAUUCCUAUAGGAACAAUUGGCCAAGAAUAAUUAAAUCACCUAAAAAAGUGUGAAGUAGGCAGCUAGAUAACACCUCCUAACAACAUCAGAUUUAGAUAGUGCUUAGUGACACCCCUUAACUGUAUAUGUAUAUGUUCUCCUCAAUAUUAUUUAUUAUCAUCACUAACACUUUCGUAAUCUUAAUGGUGUUGCAUUUAAACCACUAGUACAACUACUACAUAUCACAAAACUGGCCAGCUGGGAAAAAAAAAAGAGAGAGAAUGAAUUGUUCCAUUGUAAGAAGUUGAUUUAUUUUAAUCUUUCGUUAUGUAUCACUAAAGGGAAAAGGUUGUUUGAAAAUAAUUUAAAUCCAAUAAGUAUGGAUAGCAUGUUACCUGAAACUUUUAAUUUGUACACUUUGUGUCUGUUCAUUUGCAUGGAAGAGACAAUAGUGCCACGUCUGAAUUGUUCUCUUGUGCUUGGUUCUAAUAUGUAUUUCCCUAGAUUGUUCCAUUUCCAACGACACUCUUAUUCUUUGGUUUUCAGAGGCAUUCAAAGCAAAUUAUCACAGUGGUCCUUUGUUUCCAACCAAUCUAAAAAUACCUGUGAUUAAAUUUAAUUUGUUAGUGUAAAUAAAUUUCUUGCCAAUGAGUAUUAUUGUUGUUAGACAACGAAUGCAAUAAAAAGAGAAA